AUGGACACCCGCAUCCUGGCCCGCGGCCUCCGCGCCAGGCCAACACCAUGGCUUCUCAGCUCGCGCCAGCAGCAGCCCUUCGUCCUCAACACACUCCGCUACAACUCCUCAACCAGCUCGCCACAAACCCCUCCUCCUCCUUCCACCGAAUCCUCCUCAGGAACUUCCACACAAACAACACCCACCACCACCGAGGACCAAACCACCCCCAAACCACAACCCACCAAGACCGUCGCCUCAGACUUCGACGAAAUCCUCAACAAACUCGACCUCGGCAACCGGUCCUCCCUCAACGCCAAAGGCGAACCCCGCCGCGUCUUCGCAGACGCCGUCUCCCGCUCCGUCGGCGGUGUAGGCUCGCAGACCUUCAAAGACCGAUCCGCGCAGCAGCUUGCCUCGCGCAAGUUGGAGCUCAAGCUUGGACCAACGCUGGGCCGCCAGGUCCACGUUGAGCCGGAGCGUGGUGUGGAUUUGCCGUCUGCGAUUCGUCAGUUGGAGAUUACGUGCAGUAUGAAUAAGAUUAAGGCGAAUGCGCAUGAGCAGAAGUUUCAUAAGCGGAAGGGUGCGGUGCGGAAGGAGUUGCGUCGGACGAGGUGGAGGAAACUUUUCCGGUUUUCGUUCCAGGAGACUGUGAAGAAGAUUCAGCGGAUGCAGGCUCAGGGUUGGUAA